UAUGAGGUUGAAUACAAGAAAAGGUUAUUGCUUUUAAAAGUUUUUACAAGGUAAAGAGUUUGAAUGAUCAAGUUGUCAAUGGCUGAAACGAAAUGUUUAAGGAAAUUGCUAUAGAUAAACUGUUGGCAUUGUUGCUGGUAAUUUGUACAGUUCAAAUUGGUGACGGACGCUUAUCCGACAUAGAUCAAAGUGCUCAAUGGGCCCAAAGACUCUAUAAUUUUACUUAUGAAGCUCGUGAAAUCUUAGCUGGUAAGGAUGAUGACUCGACACAAGCACCAAUAUUACCAUUUGGCUUGCCAUAUUGCAAGACAGAUGUUGCUUCCACAGUUUUUGUUUGUACAAAUGGGUUAAUAUCCUUUAACAAGGCUCUUUGUCCAUUUGAACCUGGUUCUUUUGGUGCAGAGCUGAAGUCAACAUGGCCAAUAGUGGCACCUUUCUAUGCAGAUUUAACACUAACAGCUGUAACUGGUGCUUCCUCUACUUAUAAUACAAUCACAAAUGCAUUAUAUAUACGGGGAAACACAUCUAUUAAUGUUGUUGAUCGAGCCACCAGGGAUGUUCAGAAGUUUUUAGGGACAGGGACAAGUUUUAAAGCCAUAUGGGUAUAUGUAGCAACAUGGUAUAACACGAGAGCAUGGGGCUCCACUGAGGGUGUGACGUUUCAAGUGGCAUUAAUUACAGAUGGCAUUCAAUCCUUUGUGCGUUUCUCAUAUGGUGAAAUGUUGUGGGCAAGUUCCUUUAAACCUGCUCAAGUUGGAUAUAAAUUUCCAACAGUUGGUAAUGAAUGUCAAGAAUCACUCAACUUUACCUUGUCUGGCUACGGUUCCUUCAAGUAUCCCUUAGAUAAAAUCACUGGCAACAUUGGAGAGCCUGGUGUUUGGUUGUAUGAGUUGACACAUAAUAAAAAAGUUGAGAAUGAUGUUCAGUUAAUUACUAUCAACUUAAUGCAAAUUGGCUCAAACAUUGUGAAAAUUGGAGAACGAGUGUUUUUGUUUUGUCAGUCAAGUCACCAUACAGAGGCAUCGUAUACAUGGUACAGGAACAAUGUUGUCUUGCCAGAUUACACAGAUUCAUUGCUUGUACUAAACACUACGCUUACCGAUAAAGGUAGAUAUCAUUGUGAAAUGUCCCAUGGAGCUGCAAAGAAGAGAUCCCCAAAUGAGAUUGAAAUCUUUGUAAAAUAUAUACAGAAACCAGUGGUUAAAUUCAUUCCACAGGCUUCGUUUCUUCUAAACACACCAGUGGCCAUUUACUGUCAGGCUCAAGCAUUUCCAAGUCCAGAGUAUGAAUGGUAUAAAGGUGGGGAGCUUAUCAAGAAUGUUAUUGAACCUGUGCUAAUGUUAAGUGCUGCAAGCUGGAAUGAUACAGAUGUAUAUAGUUGCAAAAUUUCCAAUAUAAUGGGCAUGAAAACAUCGGAUGAAGUACUGCUUCCUCUAUGGGAGAUAUCUAAUCCUAUCGUAACGCCUUCAAUGGAAGGACUUGUACCUGAAGGAUCUAAUGUCACAAUCUCAUGCUCACCCGCAGACAACACCGAUUUUGUUCUAACCUGGAUGACCCUAGCUGGUGAACUUGUCUCUUCAAAUGAAACUUUAUCGUUUGAAAACAUUACUAGAGAACAAUCUGGUGGGUAUGUUUGCAAGUCCUCAAAGGAAAAAGAAUCCAAACUGUCACGGAGAGUUUUUCUUAAUGUUACCUAUUUUGAACGCAUGACUCUUUAUAUAACGCCUUCAAACGUUAUUCAUGAAGAUAAUAAUAUCACCUUGCUUUGUUCUAUCGUUGCUGUCCCAAGUGUGUCGACAUACAAUUGGUAUUUAAAUAAUGUGUUCUUGGAAAGCACAGAAACCCAAACAUUGCAUCGGUUUAAUGUAAGCAAACAAUCUGCUGGAAACUACACUUGUAAGGUGUCACAUGACUUAGGAAACAAAAGUGCAAGCGUCAUUUUGGAUGUUGUGUAUAUUCAGAGACCCAAUAUUUCUGGUCCAUCUUCACCUUUUCUGGAACACAGUAAUGGACAAUUGGUAUGCUUGGUUGAUGCAUUUCCUCGGCCAACUGCAUGGGCUUGGUAUAAAGAUGGUGCCUUGCUAAACUCAACAUGUUCAAAUUUGGUGUUGGUUGACAUGUCCCGUAAUGAUGCUGGAAAGUAUACUUGCGAAGUUUCGAACGCAUUUGGAACAGAGCGUUCAGAAGUUCACAAUGUUACUGUAUCGUAUUUAGAUCGCCCUAUGAUUAAUGCUUCAAAUUUGAACCCAGAAGAAGGCGAGAAUGUGACCUUGUCCUGUACUGCAAAUGCUUCCCCAGAUUUCGAAGCAAAAAAUGGUGAUUUUGUAUGGACACACAACACUGAUUAUGUUAGCUCUGGCCCAGUAUUGGUUCUUGAAAAUAUUAAACAUUCAGCAUCUGGUACAUACCAGUGCACUACUACUAACAUGGCUUCUGCACAGUCUUCCUCAUUUAUGUUAUCAGUGAGUUACCUUAGCAAGCCAUUCAUCAAAGUUUGUCCGGAUGUAAAUGUCGUAGAGUUUCAAACAAUCAGCUUUACAUGCCAUGCAGACGGUUUUCCUAUAUUGACUUAUGAUUGGGCAAAUGAUGGUGUCACUUUUCAAAAGAAUGUGUCAGAAAUAUCGCUGUUCAAUGUGACACGUAAAAAGGCUGGUAGCUAUGAAUGCAUAGUCUCAAAUGGAGCAGGAAAAUCAGAAACCAAAAACGUAUCAGUGAAUAUACAGUAUAUUGAUACUCCUGAUAUUUCUGUAUCCAAUCAGAAUCCAGAAGAAGGAGACACAAUGCAACUGUCUUGUGAUGUGGUUAGCAACCCACAGGUUUUACCAAAUGAUAUUACCUGGAAGCACAACGGUGUUGCAAUUGGCUUAUCCAAUCCCCUCAUCUUGUCCAAUGUUUCAAAAUCCAGUUCUGGAGUGUAUGAAUGCAUCGUUAAAAAUGUUGCUGGUUACAAAUCCAACACCACAACUCUCUUUAUUCAUUCUGUACCACGACCUACAGUUAGUCGUUCUUCUCCAUCAUCGUUAAUUAAGGAAAACAGUACGCUACUUCUCACAUGCAAUGUUGAAGAGACACUGCCAUUAACUUACACCUGGCUAAAGGAUGGACACACAGUAUCGGGAGCAACAUCCAAACUCAACUUUGAAACAGUCACAAGAGCUGAUAGAGGAAAAUAUGCUUGUAGUGUAGUUUAUGGCAAUGGUAAUGUGACUACAUCUGUUGAAGAAUUUAUAGAUGUAUUCUAUAUUGAUAAACCAAAAAUGAUUUCACAAAGUAAAGUAAAGGCUGGCUCUGCAACUAAUUUUUCCUGCACAUUGCAUGCCAACCCUUCCAUUGAAGUCAGUGAUUGGCAGUGGAAGCAUAACGGUGUUACAGUUGGAUUUGGACCUGUUUUGCAAUUGAACAAUACCACCAAAAAAGAAUCGGGUAUUUAUGAGUGUUCUGCAAAAAAUAUUGCUGGUGCAACUUCUGCUGUAAACAAUUUUGUUGUCCAGUAUCUUGAUGCACCAGUCAUUUCAGCUUCACCGUCUUCAAGUGUUCAUGAAGAAAAGCAAGUCACAUUAACAUGUGAUACACAAGGCACUCUUCCAAUUACCUACAGAUGGCUUAAAGAUGGUAGCUACAUCAGUGGAAGUAAUCAAAGCCUGGUUAUUUCCAACGCAAGAAGGAAUAUAGACAAUGGAACAUACCAAUGUGAUGUCUCAAAUGUUGCAUUCACUGCACAGUCUCCAAAUAUUCUUGUUGAAGUUAUAUACAUUGAUGCACCAAGUAUAACAUCAAUCCCAGAGCAACCUAUUAUUGGUGGCAAUGUUUUCAUGCAAUGUUUUGUAGACAUGUUUCCUGCUGCUACGUCCAUGGAAUGGAUGAAGGAUGGAAAGAAACUGUCACAAGGUGCUACCCUUUCAUUAAAUGAUGUACAAAUGAAAGAUUCUGGAACCUAUCAAUGCAUAGUGAUGAAUAAAGCAGGAUUAAAGUUUAAUUCAACGCAACUUGAAUUAUCAUAUCUUGACACACCUAUGGUUACUGUACUCUCAACUGAUAUCAACGAAGGUUCCUCUUUAAUUCUCUAUUGUAAUGGUUCUGGAUCGUACCCAUUAACAUACGGUUGGAUGAAAGAUGGUUCCUUACUUGUUGGCAAAAAUAAUGCUUUCUUACUGUUGAACAAUGUUAGCAGGUCCAGCUCGGGCGACUACAGAUGCAUCAUAGUAAAUCCAUAUGGAAAUAAACACUCAGAUUAUACAACUGUCUUGGUUUCUUAUAUUGAUCCUGUGUCCAUUAUACCUUCUCAAAAUCUAACAAAUAUCAGGAUUAAUGAUGACAUUACUCUAAUAUGUUCAACAAAUGGUACGCCCUCGGUUUCCUAUAUUUGGAGAUUUAAGCAGAACAUUGUGUCAACUUCUACAACCUUGAUUUUGAAUAAACUUGCAAACAAUGAGGUAGGAGAGUAUCAAUGUGAAGCAUCCAAUGGAAUCACAAAAGCAACAAAAUCUAUUGUACUAGAAAUUCAUUGUGAGUUAGUCUUAUACUUCUCUUUCUUGAAAUCUACUGAAUGGGUGAAUUCCAACAUCUACAAUCUUUAUUUAGACAUGAAUAAGCCGGUCAUUCAGGCAUUCCCGGGAAAUAUUGUUCACAAUGGAAACCCUCUUUUAUUGACAUGUAAACAUUUUUCGUCUGAUGACGUGUCAUAUGAAUGGUUUAAAGAAGAAACAAAGCUAACGUGGACUUCACAACAAGUUCCAAUUAAUAAUGUUACUGUUGGCGAUAUCGGGAACUAUUCUUGCAGCACAGCAAACUCUUUUUUUCAAAACAAAUCAAGUUCCAUCAAGAUCAUUGUUUAUUAUUUGACAGAUCCAAACCUUGAUAAAGUGCAGUUAUUGCUUUUCGAAGGUGACUCGAAAAAUAUUACCUGUGCAUCAUCUGGUGCACCUAAAGUUGACUACUCUUGGAAAUUUAAUGGCAAUAUGCUGUCAAUGAGCAAUGUAUUGGUGCUUGAGAAUGUAUCCAAAUCAGAAGCAGGAGGUUAUGAAUGUAUUACUACCAACGGGUUUGAAAGAAAAACUGUGAAGCUGAACCUACGUAUUGAUUAUUUAACAUCUCCUGUUAUCUCAAAAUCUCCAUUAUCUAUCACAAAUGAGGAAGACGCUGUUGUGUUUACCUGUCACGCAAGAGGGGAGAGUCAAAUCUCUUACCAGUGGUUUAAAGAUGAUGCUCUUGUAGCAGGCACUGAAUUUCUAAAAAUCAUAAACAAUAUUAAGCGUACGGACCAUGGUUUAUAUCACUGUGUUGUGAAAAACAAUGCGGGUACAAAAAACUCAAGUGAAAUUUCUCUCGAUGUCAGAUACAUUGAUCAACCGAUUAUUGCAACAACAAACAAAUCAAAUACCAUUGUCUUAAACUGUUCGACUAAUGGCAAUCCAGAAGUAACUUACAAGUGGGUUUUAGAUGAUAUCACAGUUUCCACCAAUAAAACUGUAGAAUUCGUGGGUGCCAAUAAAACAUAUCUUUCUCGAUAUACAUGUACUGUUAAAAACACAGUUGGUGAACUAUCAACGAAGUUGUCGGUGGAUACAAAUUAUCUCAACAAACCCACGUUGAGUAAAAUCUCUCAUGGUGAUGUAUGGGAAGGUGAUUCAGUAGUCCUGAAAUGUUCUGUGGAGGGUACUCUACCUAUAACGUAUCAAUGGUAUAAAGAAGAUGUUGCCUUGUCUGGUUCACAAUCCACUUAUGUGUUAAAUUCAAUAAGCAAAUCUGAAGAAGGAAGUUAUAGGUGUGUGGCUGCAAAUGUUUUUGGAACCAAAUCUUCACAUUCCACUAUCAUUAGUGUACUUUAUAUUGGCACACCAGUUAUUACCACGUCUCCUUCAACAAACAACACCACAGAAGGAGAUAACCUAGCUUUGACUUGUAAAACAUCAGGACAACCAGUACCAACUUACCAGUGGUAUCAAAACAAUCUACUGCUAAGCAAUUUAUCAGUGCUUACGCUACCAAAUGUAAAAAUCUCUCAGUCUGGGGAAUAUGUGUGCAAAGCCAGUGGUGGUGGUAUUGUCCUUAAGGAAGCUGCCAUAGACAUCAAAAUACAAUAUUUGUAUCAACCGGAUGUGAAGGUUCUGCCAUCAGCAGUAGCAAGAGAAGAAUGCUCUGUAAUUCUUAUCUGCAACACAACCUCCAGCGAACCUGUCAACUAUAUUUGGUUCAAAGAUGGAACUACUGUGAGUUCAACAAAUGUAUUGACAAUAAAAAACACUACGCGUAAUGAUGCCGGAAACUUUUCCUGCAGUGUGACAAAUGGUUUGGGAAACAAAAUUUCAAGUGUCAUAUCCUUGUCAGUGAUGUAUAUGGACACACCAUCAAUUUCUAUUUCUUAUGCCAACAAAUCAACAACUGGUCUGAUUAUGGAAGGAGAUAAUGUUGUUUUAACAUGCGCAGCAACUGCGAAUCCAUCACCAAGUUAUAAAUGGUUGAAAAAUAACACUGUUAUUUCUACGUCUGAUACACUUUCAUUGCCCUUUGUGCAAAUCACUCACUCUGGGAUAUAUACAUGCAUAGCAUCAAAUACAGAAGAAAGUAGAAGUUUGAAAACUACCUUGGUUGUAAACUACUUCCACAAGCCAUAUCUGACUGCCCUACCAGUAACUGCAACAACUAAAGGAAGUACUCUAAUACUCUUUUGUAAACAUUCCUCCAAUCAAAUUCCCUCCUUUUCAUGGUUUAAAAAUGGCAAACAAUUGAUUGGUAACAACAACAGGACAAUUGUUUUGGCAAACUUGACGAAAGCUGAUGAAGGCGAUUACAGCUGUAAUGUAACGAAUAUACUCGGAUGGCAAAUUUCCAAUGUUUAUCCUGUCCAAGUUCAAUAUAUUGAUGAAAUCUCUAUCUUACCACGUGAUCCUGUUGUUAUUGAAGGAGCGAAUUUUGUCAUGACUUGUAGCUGUUCAGGUUAUCCAAUACCAAGUUACCAAUGGUUUUACAAGGAUGUGUUGAUUGGCACUCAAGCUGACCUGUCAAUUAAUCAAACUACUGUUCAAAAUUCAGGGAAAUAUGAUUGCCUAGCCACAAGCGGAAGCUUAAGUUUGAGACUUUCAACUGUAGUUACUGUUAAAUACCUUCGUCAGCCUUUCUUAUCUGUAAUUCCAUCAGACAUGGUUAAGUCACAACAAUGUGUUUCCAUGACUUGCAUGUCAAAUGCAUCGGACUCUGUCAGCUACCAAUGGUACAAGAACGACGUGUUGAUUCCAACUGAAACUUUAUCUAACUUGCUAUUUGAAAAAGUGAGACAUUCAGACAGUGGAAAUUUCACGUGUGCCACAUUCAGUUCCUACGGUGACAAAAAGUCUUUACCGGUUCCAUUGAAUGUAGCGUAUCUGAAUUCACCAAUCAUAGUACUAUCCCAUUCGAGUGUUAAAAUCGGUGAUUCUGUUGAGCUGAAAUGCAUAGCCAAUGGCACAGAUCCUGUUACGUUUGAGUGGUUUCAUGCUGGGGGCAUUAUUUACACCGGAUCUACUUAUAACAUUUCAUCUGUAAACAUCUCGCAUGCGGGGGAAUACAAGUGUAUAGUUGGUAAUGGUUAUUUUAACAAGACUGCAUCAACUGUAUUGAAUUUUGACUAUUUGACCAAGCCUUUUAUCAAUGCAAUGCCAUUUAAUUACACACCACAAAAGGAUGGUGCCAUCAUCCUGAAUUGUCUUGCUAACAGUUCGAGUAUCCCUUCUUAUUCUUGGUUUCGAAACAAUUCGUUACUUUCAAGUGUGGCAAACUCUCUGAUAUUGACAGAGUUAAAAAGAAGCGAUGCUGGAUUGUAUAAAUGUGUUGUGACAACAAAGUUUGAGAGCAAAGAAUCAAAUAUAUACUUAUUGGAAGUUUCAUAUCUUGAUAAACCUGUAAUAAAUCCCAAUGCCAUAACAGUGACUAAAGGUGAAACUGUUUCCGCUGAAUGCAUUUCAACAGGUCAUCCGUAUGUAACGUAUACCUGGAAACAUAAGGGUAAACUUAUCUCUAAUUCGUCUAUACUCACAAUCAGUAAUGUCCAGUAUGCUGACAAGGGAACAUACGAAUGUUUGGUAUCAAAUUCUAUUAGUAGUGAGAUGUCUGCUAUGGCCAUAACAGUGGAAUACCUGAACCAACCAUCUCUCUCAAUUGAUCAAACAUCACAACCCCGGCGAGGACAAGCAGUCAUAUUGUCAUGUAGUGCAGAAGGGAGUGGUGACUUGGUGUACAAGUGGUACUUAAAUGGUUUCUUGAUUAGUGGAAAUACCUAUGUGAAAUACAUUAGUAACGUCCAACUGGAUGAUCAAGGUCUUUACAAGUGUGUAGUUACAAAUAAUGCAGGGGAAAAGUCAGCCACAGCUUUGUUGAAUGUUACAUACAUUGAACCUCCCGUAAUCACCAAAAGCAACAUAUCUCGGUCAUCGCAAAAUUUAACUUGUCAUGCCAGUGGCUAUCCUGAACCGACGUAUGUAUGGAAAGAGAAUGAUGUGAUAGCCUCUAAUGAAAGCUUUGUAGUUGUAAAUGGCUUGAAUACAUCACAGAUUGCAAGUUUCAAAUGCAUUGCAAGGAACAUUGCUGGUGAAUUAUCAACUUCGACAUCAUCAAGCAGUUAUUAUUUGAAAUUACCAGUCCUAAAAGUUCUACCCCCUGCUGCUCAACGAGAAGGACUCCUUGCAAUGUUGAUUUGCAAGGCAGAUGGCACGUCACCGCUAAGUUAUGGAUGGUACAAAGAUGGCAAUCCUCUUUCAGAAACUACUUCCAAUCUGAUUAUAAAAAGCCUGAAGAGAAACGACAGUGGUGCGUAUACAUGCACAGCAAUGAAUCCGGUUGGUGUAAAACAUUCAAUGGAUGUUAACCUUGAAGUUCAAUAUAUGGAUCAGCCAGUCAUAUCAAUCCAACCGAAAUUGACCAACAUUGUGCAGGGAGAAAACGUGAAUAUAAGUUGUACCACAACCGCCCAGCCAACAGCUACAUAUCAGUGGAUACAUAAAAAUACCGUGCUGUCCACGUCACAAAAUUUACUUGUUACCAAUAUCCAGGUCACCAAUGCAGGUUUAUAUACUUGUGUGGCUAACAAUGGUGUGGAAUCAUUGAACAGUUCAGUGGAUGUGGUUGUGAAUUACAUGAACAGACCUUAUGUAGAGGUAAUAUCAUCUACGAAAUCAAUUGAAGGGAACAGUGUAGUUCUGAAUUGCCACAGCAACUCAUCACUUUCGGUCACGUACGAAUGGAAAAUAAAUGGUGUGAUAGAUGGGACAACGACAAAACAGUUUGUUCUGAUGCAUGCUCUGAGAUCUGAUGCUGGAAGUUAUCAAUGCGUGACGACCAGUCGUUUAAGUGGUGCAGAGUCACUUCAGUUCUCAUUAGAUAUAACAUAUAUCGAUACGCCAAUUGUUACUCUUCCAUCAAAUCCAAUCACCAAAGGAACGAACAUCACUCUAACUUGCAGCACACUCUCAAACCCCUCAGCAACAUAUAGUUGGAUUAAAGAUGGUAUCGUUGCUGCGACAGGACCAUCUUUACAGAUCACAAAUGCAAGCCCUCUUAACCGUGGCGAAUACAUUUGCGAAGUAAAUAAUAGUGCUGGCAAAAAGAGUUCCAGUGUCAAUAUAGAUGUUCAAUACUUGGACGAACCUGUAAUUACGUCAUAUCAUACGAACAGAGUUUCAGCAGGAAGCGCAAUGGCUUUAACAUGCGCAGGUAAUGGCACCUCUCCCAUCGCAUACUCAUGGUACAAAAAUGGCAUCCAGGUAUCAUCUACCAGUCAAUUGAAGAUUAUUAAUGAUAUUAAAAAACAAGACGGUGGAGAGUAUACAUGCCAAGUUAGUAAUUUGGUAGGAGAGAAGACUUCCAAGCCAAUCAAUGUCACCGUUAUAUAUCUGGAAACACCAGUUAUUUCCAAAACAACAAAUGGAAAUUUAAUGAAUUUAACUUGCACGACACGUGGUGACCCGCCCCCAACGUAUGUGUGGUAUGAGAAUGAGGCGCGAAUUUCCAACAAAUCACAUCUUGUGAUUGAAAACAAUUCGUCGCGCAGUAAAGUGUACAAAUGUCAAGUGGAAAAUACUGUUGGAGUUCGUACUGCAACAUUAAGUGUCGCUGAGGACGUUUUAAAUGUUCCGGUUUUAACCGUGGUACCAACUUUGAAUCCUAGUGAAGGAGGCUGCAUCAUGCUCUCCUGCACAGUAGAUGGCACAACGCCAAUCACUUACCAGUGGUAUAAGAAGGACGUGCUAGUAAAUGAUGCAAAGGAGAGUGUUUUGAUAUUCGAAACGCUCCAGCGUGAUGCUGCUGGGGAUUAUAAAUGUUCAGCUUCGAAUAGUGCCGGUACAAAGUUCUCUGCGAAGAAGAGCAUUACUGUUAACUAUCUGGACUCUCCAACAGUGAAUACCAGUGCAUUGACUGUCAGUAAAGGUGAAGACAUCGUUGUUUCCUGUUCUGCAAUUGGAACGCCAACCUUUAUUGAUUACGCUUGGACGAAAGAUGGUAACACCGUAGUGAACAAUUCUUUACUUGUGGUACGUAACGCCAAAAUUAAAGAUGGCGGCAAGUAUACAUGCCAUGCGAGAAGCUCAGUUGGCGAGAAAACUGUAAAAGUUGUUGUCACUGUGAGGUAUUUGGCUAUACCAAUACUAACCUCUUCAUCAAACAACAGAACGAAGGAGGGUGAUACAUUCCUUUUGAUGUGUAAGGGAGAUGGAACGGCGCCUUUGUCAUACGCGUGGCGGAAAGAUAAUUUUAGCAUAGCAAGUGUGACCGGGUACUUGACUAUCGAAAAUGCGCGACGAGAUGAUGCUGGGGUUUAUACAUGCGUUGUGACUAAUUCUGUUGGUGACAAAAUUUCAAAUCAACUAAAAGUGGACAUAUUGUACAUGAACGACCCUGUCAUCUCUCCAUUGACGAGCACGUAUUCCAAAAAUGACGUCUUAAAUGUGACGUGCGUCGCAACUGCAAAUAACGUCAUCUCUUAUGAAUGGAAGAAAGGAGGGAAAUUAAUCUCAACCAAUCAAAGAUUGAUCAUCCCUUCGUUAGAUGUGUCAAAUGACGGGACAUACGAAUGUCAUGUUGAUAAUGGUGUCCUGAAAAAGACGACAUCGCUCUCUGUGCUUGUUCAAUAUUUAUCUCAACCACGUCUUUCCAUCUCCCCUGAGAAUAUGACGAAAGUUGGAGAUGCUGUGGUGUUUCAGUGCGAUGUUUCUGGUUCUUCUCUCAUUACAUACACUUGGUAUAAGAACUCUGUCCAACUUUCGUGGACGCAGUCCAAACACAUCAUUAACAACAUUCAAAAAGAUGACACUGCUUUAUACCUUUGCAAAACAUCAAACAUGGCUGGCACGAAGUCUUCAAAUGAAGUCCAAUUAUCAGUUCAGUAUCUGAACAAGCCAAGCAUCCACAAAAAAAACACUUCCGAUACUUCUCUCGAAUUAUCCUGCUCUUUUACUGGUUCACCUAUGCCGUCCGUUGCGUGGUAUAAAGAUGGCGUUAAAAUUUCCGACAGUGCUAAUCUGACUGUUAACGACGUGAGGGAAAACGACACGUCGGUCUAUAAAUGUGUCGUGACCAAUUUAGUUGGCUCGCUUACGGCGACGACGUCGACCUCGAAAGAUUUCUUGCUCAGCCCAACUAUAGUUAUAAAAAAAUCUGCAAGCAUCAACGAAGGAGACUCUGUUGUUUUUAUCUGUCAAGUUGAUGGAACACGCCCGAUCACGUAUACUUGGUUUAAACACGGCCGAAUUGUCGGCAACACGUCUGAUAUGAUGAUCUUAAACAACGUUAGUAAGGCCGACCAGGCUGGUUAUGUAUGCCAGGUUGGCAAUGCAGCAGGUGUAAAAUCGUCAAAGACGGUACAGCUAACUGUUCUAUACUUGGAUACGCCAAAGAUUACCAAGAACGAGACUUUUACAGGCGAUCUACACUCUGUGUUGUUAGAUUGUACUGGUAAUGGCGCGCCAACUCCUCAAAUACAUUGGAUGAAAGAUGGCGCACGAUUUUCAAUCCAAUCUACAGUUCUUAUUUUAAACAAGAAUCAGAGUUAUUCUGGCGAGUAUAGUUGUAUGGCGAGUAAUCCUGUCGGUUUAAAGAGUGCGAGCGUUGACGUUAAGUUGUACUACUUAAAUGAGCCUGCUAUUGCGUCGACUCCAUCAAAAAACCACAAGGAAGGAGAUUAUGUUAUUUUAGAAUGUUCUGUUCUUGGCACAAAUCCGCUCUCCUACAAGUGGUUUAAAGAUAGUCAAGUAAUGACGGGCGAAGUAGAACGAACUACCACGUUAAAAAAUGUUUCCGUCUGGACAAACGGAAAUUACUCAUGUGAAGUAGGGAAUAUUUUGACGACCAAGUAUUCGAUGCCAUUUGAAAUCAGUGUUGCUUAUCUGGACAAGCCGGCCAUAACAACAUCAUUGCAAGAAAUCUACGACGGUGAUGACGUCACAUUACAAUGCAUCGCUUCUGGCACCGCGCCUAUCACCUACUUGUGGAAGCAAGCGGAGGCUGUGCUGUUCCGUGGUCAGAUGAUGGUCGUUAAAAAUAUAUCGUUUGUUCAAAACACUAUAUAUUCUUGUGAGGCGUCGAGCGUUGCUGGCGUGCGGACAACAGACGUGAAUUUGAAGCCGAAAUACUUGACUACUCCUGUGUUAUCGGUGGCCGGCGCAAUCUCUGUUCUUGUAUCGAGCUCAAUCUCAAUUCGUUGUACAGUUAUGUCGUCCCAUACUUCUGAAGUAAAAUAUGAUUGGUUUAAAAACAACGUCAAACUUCAAGUCACGUCGAAUGUGUUGAUACUUAGUGCAGUGACGUCAUCAGAUUCAGCGGAAUAUAGUUGUGUAGGCCAACUUGGUACUAUUCGGAGAACGUCGACUAGUAAUCUCACUUUACAUGUGCAAGACGGAUCUACAGAGGCCCCAGUGUGUGGUGCGAACAAAAAGCUUGUGUUGUUUCACGGGAUUUUGAAAUGCGAAUGCGCUGAUGGUUUCUAUGGUAACGACUGUGUACAACAAACAAAAUCUAUUCAAGCCUCCAUUGCUUUCAACAAGCUGUGUAAUAGAACUGAAUGUUAUGCUGGCAAGGCUCUAUGGAAGUUGAUGGACACAAAUCAAUUUUAUUUGUUCGCGAAAAAACACUUUGAAACGCAACUGUUGGAUGGUCUGCAGAAUGAAUUGUCUCAUCAAGCAGUUAAAAGUGUAGUAGUGAUGAAAAAAAGUACGGUUGACAUGUUGAGUUUCGACUUCAUGAUGUAUUUCGAUGCUUCCACCAAUCUCACCACCUCACAAGUGCAAGAUAUGUUGUCAAUUGUCUCUCUGAAAACUUUUGUGAAUACAGAUAAAUCAAAUGGAAAUGUCCGCUUUGGUCUCGCCAGCAAGCCUCCUACGAUCAGAGAUUUUAAUCAUUGCACUUUGAACACGACAAAUUGUGACGUGAAUGCUGAGUGUCUGCCAGGAGAUAUGACGUAUCAUUGUCGAUGCAAGUCGGGUUAUGUCGGCGACGGAAGAAACUGUAAACUCAUUAAUAUUGCCGAAAACGAACAGCAGAAAAAAGAACGUCAAGAUUUGAUGAGUACGACAAUUGUACUUGGGACAAUCCUGGCUUUUAUCUUCUCAGCUAUCAUCUGCUGCUGGUGUUAUGUGUUCUGUAAACGAAAAUAUAAAGAUAGUCUUGAUAGCACUUGCACAGACAGUACUGAGCGUACGCGGUAUAGUAAUAACAAUGCACCGUCUAGUAAUCGAGACAAGCGCACGAAACAGGAUCUUGUUUUAGUGGAGCACGACAACAACUCGGAGAGUUCGACUGUUGAUUUUUACGAAAGCCGCACACCACGAUACACUACACCAGUACUGCCCAAACGCACCCUUGAUCUUUCCUCCAGAGACACUACUCACGAUACUCCGCACGAACGGCCACGACCUCGCGGUUUAACGGUUAAUGGAGAAACGUUGUCAACAAUGGACAAGACGGCAGAUGAUAAAGACAAUAAGUUGAAAUUUUUGAAAGAUGUUGAUCAAUUAUUGACAUUUGAUGAGGAAGAUAGCAAGCUUGAAAGUACUGCCCUUCCUCCGGAUGCAGCUGAUCAUUCACGCAAAACGUCAGUCCGUUCCACAGAUACCUACAGCGAUGUUGUUGGCGAACCUGAAUCAGUGGAGCGGCACAACGGCAAAAAGAGAUCUGCUACGACAUCUCCAAAGCUUAAUCUAUUGAGGCGAUCAUUGGAACAGUUUAAUAUCUCAUGUAACUCACUCUCAAGUCCGUUACCUUCACGACGUAGUAGGAAGGUGACGCCGGAACAUAACGCAGACUUUAGAACUAUAGCUGCGUCGCCACGUGACAUAUCCCUUAAUCUGCAUGAUGAAUCGCACAAGAAAGAAGAGGAGGACGACCUGAAGGACUUGCAGCUUGAGGAUCUAAACUGCCGCACCAAUUUUUUAGACCCGAUAAGUACUAAUAACUCAACUAACAAUACUGACUGUUUACACGGUACUGAAACAGGGGAGAUCUCUCUUGAAACUGGCUUCUGUGAGGAGGCGCCCAAAAAACUUAUUAACUGCUGGAUGUAAACAAGAAAUUAUAAUAUAUAUACUAACCAAAAAGUAUAAUGACGAUGACGAUUAUGAUGACAAAGAAUUCCCACGGGGUUUCGUCAGUAACUUUCACAUUCCGCGCGCAAGCUGGGUUCCGUCUGAAGUAAGCGCACCCUAUGAUGGUAGUCCGCGAUAUAUACAUCGCCCCA